GGGAUUUGGCACGUGCUCCAUGGGCGUGCCAGGCAAGGGGGGUGAGCUGGAUGGCGCCUCCCCCCACUACAUCCUGGCCCUGCCCGAGGAGGAGACGUGGCGCAAGCACCGGCUCGGCUUGAUGCAAACCACCCACUCCUGCAACCUGCUGGAGCCCGAGGGCCUGGCCGAGGCCCUGGUCUCGAGGGCUGCCAGCUUUGAUGCCCUCUACGAGCCCCGCUCCCAGGAUGCUGACGCGGACACCGGCAGCGCCUUCGACCUGGGGCUGGGCCAGGACGUGCCCGUGAGCCCGGACGUCAUCAAGCGCCGGCGGGGCGGGCUGAUCGAGCAGAGGGACAUUAUCAAGGCACACGAGGCACACAAGAUGCAGAGCACGCCACAGGCACGGAGGAAGGAGUGGGAGAUGGCUCGCUUUGGGGAGGCAGUGGCUGGCAGGCUAGGCUCUGGAGAUGGGGGCUCCGACCAGAACCGGAGCCGGCAAGGAGCUCCUGCCCCUGCAGGAGGGAGCCCGGGAGCCUUCAAGCAAACCAAAGCGCAGAGAGCCCGGACUAUGGCUCUGUACAACCCUAUCCCUGUCCGGCAGAACUGCUUCACCAUCAACAGAUCGCUCUUCCUCUUUGGGGAAGAGAACAUAGUCAGGAAAUAUGCCAAGAAGCUCAUUGACUGGCCUCCCUUUGAGUACAUGAUCCUGGCGACCAUCAUUGCCAACUGCAUCGUGCUGGCCCUUGAGCAGCACCUCCCCGAGGACGACAAGACACCCAUGUCACGGAGAUUAGAGAAGACGGAGCCGUACUUCAUUGGGAUUUUCUGCUUUGAGGCUGGGAUUAAGAUCGUGGCCCUGGGGUUCGUUUUCCACAAGGGCUCGUACCUGCGCAACGGCUGGAACGUCAUGGACUUCAUCGUGGUCCUCAGCGGCAUCCUCGCCACCGCUGGGACACACUUCAACACCCACGUGGACCUGCGGACGCUGCGGGCCGUGCGCGUGCUCAGGCCUCUGAAGCUUGUCUCGGGCAUUCCCAGCUUGCAGAUUGUCUUGAAAUCCAUCAUGAAGGCCAUGGUGCCCCUUCUGCAGAUUGGCUUGCUGCUCUUUUUUGCUAUCCUCAUGUUUGCCAUCAUUGGCCUGGAGUUCUACAGCGGGAAGCUGCACCGAGCCUGCUACACAAACAAUUCAGGUGAACUAGAGGAGCUGGACCCUCCCCAUCCAUGCGGGGUGCAGGGUUGCCCCCCAGGCUACGAAUGCCGGGAGUGGAUCGGUCCCAACGAUGGGAUCACGCAAUUCGACAACAUCCUUUUUGCUGUGUUGACCGUCUUCCAGUGCAUCACCAUGGAAGGGUGGACCACAGUUCUGUACAAUACCAAUGAUGCCUUAGGAGCCACCUGGAACUGGCUGUACUUCAUCCCCCUCAUCAUCAUUGGAUCCUUCUUUGUCCUCAACCUUGUCCUGGGAGUGCUGUCAGGGGAGUUUGCCAAAGAGCGUGAGCGAGUGGAGAACCGCCGAGCCUUCAUGAAGCUGCGGCGCCAGCAGCAGAUUGAGCGGGAGCUCAACGGAUACCGGGCAUGGAUAGACAAAGCGGAGGAAGUCAUGCUGGCUGAAGAGAACAAAAAUUCUGGGACCUCAGCCUUAGAAGUGCUCAGGCGAGCCACCAUCAAAAGGAACCGUACAGAUGCCAUGAACCGUGACUCGAGCGAUGAGCACUGUGUCGAUAUCUCCUCUGUGGGCGAGCGGAGGCUGGCACAGAGAAGACCUCUCCAUCCAACCUUGGGUAACCCCUUGAGUCACUCUGGCCUCAAAGGUGCCAGAAUGGACAGUGCCUCCUACUUACGACACAAGGAGCGACUCCUGCGCAUCUCCGUUCGCCACAUGGUGAAAUCCCAGGUCUUCUACUGGAUCGUCCUGAGCCUGGUGGCUCUCAACACCGCCUGUGUGGCCAUCGUCCAUCACAACCAGCCAGCCUGGCUCACCCACUUCCUCUACUAUGCAGAGUUCCUGUUUCUUGGGCUCUUCCUGCUGGAGAUGUCCUUAAAGAUGUAUGGGAUGGGGCCACGCCUUUAUUUCCAUUCUUCCUUCAACUGCUUUGACUGUGGGGUCACAGUGGGAAGCAUCUUUGAAGUGGUUUGGGCUAUAUUCAGACCAGGAACCUCUUUUGGGAUCAGUGUCCUACGAGCCCUUCGUCUCCUGCGGAUAUUUAAAAUAACCAAGUACUGGGCAUCCCUGAGAAAUUUGGUGGUCUCCCUGAUGAGCUCCAUGAAGUCUAUUAUCAGCCUUCUCUUCCUCCUCUUCCUCUUCAUUGUAGUCUUUGCCCUGCUGGGAAUGCAGCUGUUUGGAGGCAGGUUUAACUUCAUGGAUGGGACUCCAUCAGCCAACUUCGACACUUUCCCUGCGGCCAUCAUGACAGUGUUUCAGAUCCUGACUGGUGAGGACUGGAACGAGGUGAUGUACAAUGGCAUCCGCUCCCAGGGAGGUGUUCGCUCAGGGAUGUGGUCCUCCAUCUAUUUCAUCGUCCUCACCUUGUUUGGAAACUAUACUCUGCUGAACGUCUUCUUGGCCAUUGCCGUGGACAACCUGGCCAAUGCCCAGGAGCUCACCAAGGAUGAGCAGGAGGAAGAGGAGGCCUUUAACCAGAAGCACGCCCUUCAGAAAGCCAAGGAAGUCAGCCCCAUGUCUGCCCCAAAUAUGCCUGCUAUCGAAAGAGACAGGCGGAGGAGACACCACAUGUCGAUGUGGGAGCCACGCAGCAGCCACCUGCGGGAGCGUCGCCGGCGGCACCACAUGUCGGUGUGGGAGCAGCGCACCAGCCAGCUGCGCCGGCACAUGCAGAUGUCCAGCCAGGAGGGCAUCAACAAGGACGAGCCACCCCUCAUCAACCCCCACGCCAGCAUCUUCCGCAGGAAGAAACCAGGGGAUGGCGUCACCCUGGAGAAAUGCACCGAGGAGCAGGGCAAGGGCGAGCGGCCGCUGGCGGAGGGACCAGAGCAGCCUGUCCUGGGAGCCAAUCCCAGCGGUGGUGAGGAGAGGAGGAGCCCAUCGCCCCGGGCCAAGCGGGACAAGGAAAUGUGGCAGCAGAAAUCAUGCCAUGGGAACUGUGAGCCGGGCGAGCAGGACGGGGCAGGUGGCAGCGUCGAGGAUAGAGCCAGGAUGAGGCAGAGCCAGCGGCGCAGCCGGCACCGCAGAGCCCGGAUGGAGGGGAAGGAGCAAGCUGGCAUCUUGGGGAGCCGCUCGGCCAGCCAGGAAAUGGGUCUGGAGGAGGCCAGCGCCAUGGAGGGGGCACAGGAUGGGGACCGGCGUGGGGACGUGGCCGCAGCCGAGGUGCUGAUUCAGGGGGAGCCGGAGGCAAGCGGAGAGUCUGUCAGGACAAAUGGGGUCCCUGCCGGCGAUGCUGAUCUGAUUGGGACUGCCAAGAAGGGGAGCCCCCCACAUGCAGUCCCCGAGCCCCACCAGGGGAAGACAGGCAACCUGACAGAACAGGACUGCAGCAGCCCAGACACCAGCGAGCAGGCGCUGCUGCAGGGCAGUCGCACCGUCAGCCGGAGCGAGCCUGACCUCUCCUCCAUCACCCCCAACACUGAGAAGGCCACGGAGAGCACCACCAUCAUGAUCGAUGUCCACGACUCUGCUGUGGUACACAUUAGCAACAAGACAGAUGGUGAAGCCAGCCCCUUAAAGGAGGCCGAGACCAAAGAAGAUGAGGAGGAAAUGGAGAAGAAGAAGCGGAAGAAGGAAAAAAGCGAGACAGGCAAAGCAAUGGUGCCGCACAGCUCCAUGUUCAUCUUCAGCACCACCAACCCGGUGCGGAGGGCCUGCCACUACAUCGUGAACCUGCGCUACUUCGAGAUGUGCAUCCUCCUGGUGAUUGCCGCCAGCAGCAUCGCCCUGGCGGCCGAGGAUCCCGUCCUCACCAACUCCGACCGCAACAAAGUCCUGAGGUAUUUUGACUAUGUCUUCACUGGCGUCUUCACCUUCGAGAUGGUUAUCAAGAUGAUUGAUCAAGGCUUGAUCCUGCAGGAUGGGUCCUACUUCCGAGACCUCUGGAACAUCCUGGAUUUCAUCGUGGUGGUGGGAGCACUGGUGGCUUUUGCCUUGGCGAAUGCUUUGGGGACCAACAAGGGACGGGAUAUCAAGACCAUCAAGUCUCUCCGUGUGCUGCGGGUCUUGAGGCCUCUGAAAACCAUCAAGCGACUGCCCAAGCUGAAGGCCGUCUUUGACUGUGUCGUGACAUCCCUCAAGAAUGUCUUCAACAUCCUCAUUGUCUACAAGCUCUUCAUGUUCAUCUUUGCUGUUAUUGCCGUCCAGCUCUUCAAGGGGAAGUUUUUCUACUGUACUGACAGCUCUAAGGACACACAGAAGGACUGCAUAGGGAACUACGUGGACCACGAGAAGAACAAGAUGGAGGUGAAAUGUCGAGAGUGGAAACGUCAUGAGUUUCACUACGACAAUAUCAUCUGGGCUUUGCUCACCCUGUUCACAGUCUCCACCGGCGAGGGUUGGCCCCAGGUGCUGCAGCAUUCGGUGGACGUGACAGAGGAGGACCGCGGGCCCAGCCGCAGCAACCGCAUGGAGAUGUCCAUUUUUUAUGUCGUCUAUUUUGUGGUCUUCCCUUUCUUCUUCGUCAACAUUUUCGUGGCUCUCAUCAUCAUCACGUUCCAAGAGCAAGGAGACAAAAUGAUGGAGGAGUGCAGUCUGGAGAAGAACGAGAGGGCCUGCAUUGACUUUGCCAUCAGUGCCAAGCCCCUCACACGGUACAUGCCCCAGAACCGACACACCUUCCAGUACCGCGUCUGGCACUUCGUGGUGUCCCCAUCCUUCGAGUACACCAUCAUGGCCAUGAUAGCGCUGAACACCGUGGUGCUGAUGAUGAAGUACUACUCUGCUCCAUACACCUAUGAGCUGGCCCUGAAGUACCUGAACAUCGCCUUCACCAUGGUGUUCUCCUUGGAGUGCGUCCUCAAGAUCAUCGCUUUCGGCUUCCUGAAUUAUUUCCGGGACACCUGGAACAUCUUUGACUUCAUCACUGUCAUUGGGAGCAUUACAGAGAUCAUCCUGACAGACACCAAGCUGGUGAACACCAGUAGUUUCAACAUGAGCUUCCUGAAGCUUUUCCGGGCUGCUCGGCUCAUCAAGCUGCUCCGCCAGGGUUACACCAUCCGCAUCCUCCUCUGGACAUUUGUGCAGUCCUUCAAGGCACUCCCCUAUGUCUGCCUCCUGAUCGCCAUGCUUUUCUUCAUCUACGCCAUCAUUGGGAUGCAGGUUUUUGGCAAUAUCAAACUGGAUGAGGAAAGCCACAUCAACCGACACAACAACUUCCGCAGCUUCCUGGGCUCCCUUAUGCUCCUCUUCAGGAGUGCCACAGGAGAGGCCUGGCAGGAGAUCAUGCUGUCCUGCCUGGAGGGCAAAGGCUGCGAGCCGGACACGACGGCAACAUCUGGGCAGAACGAGAACGAGCGCUGUGGAACCGACCUGGCCUACGUUUACUUUGUCUCCUUCAUCUUCUUCUGCUCCUUCCUGAUGCUCAACCUGUUUGUGGCAGUCAUCAUGGACAAUUUUGAGUACCUGACAAGGGAUUCCUCCAUCCUGGGACCUCACCAUCUAGAUGAGUUUGUCCGGAUCUGGGCAGAGUAUGACAGAGCAGCGUGUGGCCGAAUCCAUUACACUGAGAUGUAUGAAAUGCUGACUCUUAUGUCACCACCGCUAGGCCUCGGCAAGAGAUGUCCUUCCAAAGUGGCCUAUAAGGUAGAUCAACCCUUCCUUCUAUGGGGGUCAGAGCUGAGUAGGACCUGGGGCUCAAGGGACGUGCGGGAGGUGGGACUGGGGGAGCCGGGGAGGUGCUGGGGUGUCCAACAUGUGUUUAGCUUGCCCCUGGGGAGCCUGCUGGGCUCAGAAGAGCCCUGGCCACGUUGGCUGGUCUCCACUGCCCACGCAUGUGACACUGCCAUGGUCACUCAGAGCCCCGGGAUGGAAGACCCCAGUGGAAGAGGAUCAGCAAUAGUGUGGAAGUGGGAGGGUUGCAGGAGAGGAGGUGAGGAGCAGCACUGGUAGUACAGUCAGGAGAGUGAGGUGUCCUUAGGAGCUCGCUGAACUGAGCUCAUCCUCAGGGCUUGGAACCACCCUCAUUCCAGCCAGCACAGAAGCCCAUGGAGAUGGGAAGCAGGUGGGCAGCAAGGACAAAUCCCACAGAAGCAGCGUUGCUGUGUGCAAGGAGCCAGGUGCACUGGCAUGGGCUGUGUCCCAAGGAUGGCUUGUGCAAGGCAAAGCCAGGUGCCUUCCAAAGGUGCCUCUGAGUUUCCCUGCCUGGGGUGGUGGCUCUCAAACAGCUCCUGGAACCGGCACAGCGUGUUCCCAGCUGUGCAGGCAUGGAGCAGGAGCACGGGAAGCCAUGAAGGACGUGGGGUGGGAGCUACAUGGCUUGGCUGAGGGCAUUAGCUGCCAGGACAAGACCCAGAGCUAUGGGAUGAUUUGUUGUCCAGGUGUGGAGCCAGUGGAAGCUUUAAUUUGCCAUGGGCUGCUGCCCACAGCCCUUUCAGCAGCAGGGCUAGUGCAAGGGGAUUCCUGCCCAAUUCCAGACACGCUUCCACCCUCUCCAGCUCUCACUUGUUUGUUCACACAAGCAUACAUCCGUCAUCACGCUUUUCCAGGAGAAAAAUGGGGGCUUGAAGACAGGAAAAGGACAUGAGGAUCUGGGUGAAAAAGAAAUGGGCAGGGAAGGGAUGACCCAAGGUAUUCACAAAGCAAAAUAUACUCUCGGGAAAGUGGAUCUGGUCACUUCGGUUUGCACCCCGCCUGCCCAGGGUGGGGAAGGAGCAUGGCGUGUCUAACCUGCCUUGGUUGCCCUUUUCUCUUUCCUUCUGCACUGUUUCUACCCUUCCUUCCCUUCCCUUCCCCACCCCUGGAUAAUUUGGAUCCCCUGCAUGUGCUGGCAAACUUCAUCUCUGAAAGACGCAAAAAGGGAGCGCCAGGAUGUGUAGCAUGCUAGAGGAAUCCAGCUGAUCUGAAGUCCCUGAAGGUUAGGGACCCUCCUCUCCCCUGCCCCAGGUGGGAAGGGUUGAGAGCUGGAAAGCCAAACCACCUGGGAAUGGAAACCUGAGCCCCCUCUCCCCUUCCCACACAUCCCACAUGCCUGCAUCCCUGAUGGAUCAGGUGUGUCUUCCCAAAAGUGCCAGAAGGUGCUGUGGCAGCCCCGGUGCCAUGGGGAGGGGAGCUCAGGGGCCGUUCCUAGGGUGCAGGAGGAGCCCUGGAAGGCAGUGAGCCGGUGUCCUGGGGUGGAA